AUGAGCGACCGCCGGGAUCGGGAUCGGGAUCGUGACCGUGACCGUGACCGGAGAAGAGACCGAGACGACCGAGACGAUGACCGGAGAAGAGAUCGAGAUGACAGAGACGGUGACCGGAAGAGAGACCGCGACGACCGAGACAGGGACAGGGACCGUGACCGUGACCGUAGCAAACGAUCUCGUUCCCGUACACCCGACCGCACUCGAUCCCGCCACACUCGAUCCCGCACCCGUUCACCCGACGAGAGAGACCGCCACCGUCAUCGGCACCGGCACCACCGCUCCCGGUCUCGCUCUCCUUCCUCCCCUCCGCGGAAGCGCCACAAGGAUGACUCCAUUUCUCGAGAAAAGGACAGGCACAGGGACGAUGCGGCUCCGAAGGAGAAGAAGCAGAAGGAGAACGCUGCUGGCAACGACGAGGCCAGUAAGGACGAGGAUAUGAUGGACGGAGAUGAGAUAGAGAUGAUGAAGAAGUUUGGCAUUCCAGUAGGGUUCGAUUCCACCAAGGGGAAGCCUGUUGCGGGGAACGACGUCGGUGCCGUGAGGAAGGUGACCAAGCGGCAGCCACGGCAGUAUAUGAACCGCCGUGGGGGAUUCAAUCGCCCCUUGCCAGCUGAACGGACUCGAUAG